CAUGCAGCUAAAACAUUAGCAGUUUCACUUCAAAAAUCGUUUGGUUCACAAAUAUUCAUGUUUAACAAUGGACAGAGCUUACAACUGAGUGUGGUCUUAAGUAGCGGCACCAUUGAUUUUGAAGAGUUCUUGGUGACGAUGGCGAGGCAGAUGAGAGAAGAAGUGAAAGGGAAGUCUGAUAAAGACAUCGCAAAAUUCAUUCAUGUAUUUGAUGGCAAUGCUGACGGCUUCAUCGAUUGUUCUGAGCUGCAUUUGGCCAUCAUGACUGCUGGGGAGCAUGUUACAGAGGAGGAAGCUCAUGAACUCAUCAGGGAGUGGGACAAGAACACUGAUGGCAAACUUGACUUGGAUGAAUGGUCGAAGUUGUUGAAGAAUGACCAGUAA